GCUGCCCUCGGUCCUCAUGGAGCUGUUUUUGCAUAGCCUUUCUCCGUGUGUCCGAAUCCUCAGUCCUUUCGCGGCUGUGAGGAGGUGGGGGUACUGCAUCCCCUGGGGAUGUGGGUUCUGACAUUCUCUCCUUCUGGAAAGAGCUGUCAUUACAUCCCCUCAGCCUGUGCAUGUUCAGGGUGAGGGAGGUGGUCUUAGCAGCCCCUCGAGGCCCCGUUAAGGCUCCGGGGAGAGAAGGCGGGAAGACAUCUCCCCAGACACCACCAUUCCGUCCCUGCAGUCGGUUGGCCAGUCGCUUGAAUGGGAGGCGGGGGAGAUGUGAGGGGAAACAAUCAAUGCUUGCCAGUCUGGCCCCUGCAGGGGCGGAGGCUGUGGGUCAUUGCCGGGUCUCCCCUGUCCUGGGCAAUGUCAGUUAUUCUGUCCCUUUCUCUAGGGCAUAGGGGAGACGGAGAGGGUGUAUUCUCCCGCUGGCUGUUCAGUCUAUCUCCUCUCUCCCGGACAGAGCUGUAGGUCAGUCGGUCAGGAAGGGGUGCGGCUGAAGGGCCGAGGCACCCCUUUAGUCCCCCUCCUCUGCGGGCGGAGAUAGUUGGGGGGAGGGGGAGGAAAGGAGGAGGCCCCCAGAGCCAGGCGUCAGCAUUACGUGCGGAGGAGCCGCGGCUGGUGCAGUUGGGAGGGAGGCGGCACCGGAGCCGGGGCUAUGCAGCCCGCCGGGGCGCUGGAGGGGCGGUGCUGAGCGCCGGCAGCUGCGGUUGGGAGGGAGACCCCGGAGAGAGGGAGGGAGGUGCGGGUGCCUGAGAAGGGAAGCAGAGGGAGAGCGGGAGCGGGAGCCUGGCGGAGGCUCCAGGAAGAGGACGGAGCCACCGGCGCCGGGCCGGGGAAAGGACCAGGGCGGCAUGCGGCUCUUGCUGCCCUUUGCGGGCUGAAGCGCGAGCGGCAGUCUUGGGGAGGCGCCGGCGGCACCGGCGGGAAGCAGCAGCCGGAGGAAGAGGAGGAGGAGGAAGACAGCGGCAAGAGAGGAGCUGAGCCUGGUCAAGCCGGAGCUGAACGGGCAGCAGCGGGAUGGGCCGAACGGGGCAUGCGGGGGGCGAGGGGCCGGUCCGCCGGCGGUGGUUGCUGCUGCUUCUGGGGGUCGUGCUGGUCCCAGCCGCCCGCCUCGUCGGGGCCGCGCCGGCCUCAGAGCUCAGCAUCGCGGGUGAUGUCCGGCCUGCCGUCGGGGAGCGGGGAGGGCCUGAGACUCGGGAGCGGACGCUUCGGGCCAACAACACGCGCCAGGAGGAAGGCGCAGGGGAGGACGAGGCAGCGGCCAUAUCUGAGGGACCUGCAGGUCUGGGUGGAGAUGAAACUAGCCCAUGUUGGGACUGCCCCCCGGGGACCACUAUCCGAGUGGGAGCCCUGUCUGAAGAAGCCCUCCUGGAGGCUUCCGCAGCAGUGACCGGGGCAGCCUGGCCCGAGGCCAUGACAAUGGAGCUAGCUCCUGAGAACCGAGAGGAGGUUGGCAGUGGAGAUCCCCAGACCGGCGGAGCCACGCUCCCUGGCCUUGAAGAGGCACCCAGGCAGACAGAAGUGCCACCCUCUGAGGAAAGUUGGGGUCCAGCUUCAGAGCCCGUAGGGGCCAAGGGGCCCCCUUCUCCUACCCUAGGGGGUCACGUUAGCCUUACCCUGCCAGGCUCUGCGCCCAAGCUUCCUGAUGUGUCCCACAAGGAAAACCCCUUGGAGUUGUGGCUUAGCCUGGGCAGUAGCCUGCCCGACCCUCAUGUGCCAGCUACUGCCUCCCCGCCUCUGGGUACUCCAGAACCUCAGCCUUCCUCAGAGAUCAUCGACAUUGACUACUAUGAUGGCUUAGACUCAGAGAGCCGUGGUGCUGAUUUGGGGAGCUUCCCAGGAUCACCUGACUCUUCGCACCAACACAUUCACCCGGGUGAAGAUGCACCAUCCUGGAGCCUGACUGAUAUAUAUGAUGACUUCACUCCUUUUGAUGAGUCUGACUUCUACCCCACCACUUCUUUUUAUGAGUUGGAAGAAGAGGAGGAGGAAGAGGACGAAGCAGCUGUUCAGGAUCUGGAAGAUGAAAAUGACCAAGGACUACCUGGCCUGACACCCAGCAUGGGUCCAGGAAUUUCCCAGCCCACCAGUCAUUGGCAUGCAGUUCCUCCCCAGCAGACUCUGGGGGUGAUCCCGGACAACAGCAUCACCUUCAGGCCUCGUCCAGGAGAAGCAGGCAAAGAGCUGGCACCAAGUGAGAAUGGCACUGUGUGCCGAAGUGGCUUCGUUAGACACAAUGGCUCUUGUCGGUCAGUGUGUGAUCUCUUCCCCAGCUAUUGCCACAAUGGGGGCCAGUGCUACCUGGUGGAGAAUUUAGGGGCCUUUUGCAGGUGUAACACACAGGACUACAUCUGGCACAAGGGUAUGCGAUGUGAGUCAAUCAUCACUGAUUUCCAGGUGAUGUGUGUGGCUGUAGGAUCAGCUGCCCUUGUGCUGCUCCUACUUUUCAUGAUGACAGUUUUCUUCGCCAAGAAACUCUACUUGCUUAAGACAGAGAACAGCAAACUGCGCAAGACCAAAUUCCGGACACCAUCUGAACUCCACAACGAUAACUUCUCCCUCUCCACCAUUGCCGAGGGAUCUCACCCAAAUGAUGACUCCAACAUAUCCCAUAAAAUGCAGGAUGUUCUGAAGUCCUGCCUAAAAGAGGAGGAGUCAUUUAACAUUCAGAAUUCCAUGUCACCCAAAAAUGAGAGUAACAAAGGUGACCAAGAUGACUCGGAAGUGAACUGUCUCCAGAAUAAUUUAACAUGAAGCAAAGGAAUAGGAGGAGGAGGAGGAGAAGAGGAAGGAAAGAAAAUUGAUCUAUUGUACAGCUCCAUUUCUUGUAACCAUUUGUUAAAAUUUUCCUUUUUCUGAUUUCAUGGCAUGCUUUGAUGUAUUUUGUACAGAGGGGGGGGAAACCCACAAAAUAUGUGAAGAGCCUAAGCUGACUUGCGUGCAUUGGGGUGUUUGAUCUGUGCUGUCUGUAUAUUGCUUGGGUUAGUUCUGCUGCUGUGAUUUCUAAACCUUUGCUGUUAUUCAACUGACUUUUUUUGUACUUUGAUCCACCUUUUUUUGAAAUACAAGUAAAAGCAAAAAAAAGAAAGUUCUUGAAAUAAAACAUUUUUUAAAAGUU